UACACUUUUUCUUCUCAGGUCCAGUUCUCAACAGGAAGUUACGUUCGGAACGUGAAAACCCGAGACCUCCUCGAUUGUCCUUUCUUCCGGUAUAUGCCAUACUGAUCGGCACCGAUCAGCAUGAAGCUGAAUAUAUCAUUUCCAGCCACUGGCUGUCAAAAACUGAUUGAAGUUGAUGAUGAGAGGAAGUUGCGUCCAUUUUACGACCGACGUAUUGCAACUGAAGUCUCUGCAGAACAUCUUGGAGAUGAAUGGAAGGGUUACAUCCUAAGAAUAACAGGAGGUAAUGACAAGCAGGGUUUCCCCAUGAAACAGGGAAUUCUCACAAAUGGCAGAGUGCGUCUUCUUUUGAGCAAAGGUCACUCUUGCUUCAGGCCCAGGAGAAGUGGUGAGAGGCGCAGGAAGUCUGUCAGAGGAUGCAUCGUAGACAGUAACCUCAGCGUUCUUUCUAUGGCAAUUGUCAAAAAAGGUGAGCAGGAUAUCCCAGGCUUGACCGAUACCAAUGUCCCCAGAAGGCUCGGACCAAAAAGGGCUAGCAAGAUCAGGAAGCUCUUUAACUUGACAAAGGAGGAUGAUGUACGCCAGUAUGUUGUCAGACGCCCACUUCCACAGAAAGAGGGAAAAAAGGCAAAAACAAAGGCCCCCAAGAUCCAGCGUCUUGUUACUCCAGUUGUUCUACAGCGCAAACGCCACAAGGUUGCUCUCAAAAGGAAAAGGGCAUCCAAGAAGCGUGAGGAUGCCGCUGAGUAUGCUAAGUUAUUGGCUAUGCGUAUGAAGGAGGCUAAGGAGAGGAAACGUAGCCGGUCCGGAAGUCGUACAUCAAUGUCUGCCUCCACUUCCAAGUAAAGAGACUUUUGGCUGUGGCUGUACAGUGAAGGUGCAAAAAAUAAAGCAAAAAAAAACCUG